AGAUGACUUACACCGGUCUCGUUCACCUCUACCGCAAGCCGGAGGCCAGCCCAAAGGCAUUCCAGGAGUAUUUCGAGCAGAAUGAGAUCCCAAUCUUGAAGGCCAUCGGAGGCGAGCACUUCCCCAUUUCACACAAGCGCAUAUACCUGAAGCGCUCGGAGGAGGGGAACAGGGAGCUGGAGUUGCACAGCGGAAAGCAGGAGGACUUCCCUUAUGACGCUGUUGUGCUCAUGGAGUUCGAGUCCAAGGAGCAUGCCACCAAGUUUCUGAGCAUGACGCACGAACCUGAGCACCUGAAGGCGUUCGAUCAUCCGCUCAUGCCUGACAGGACCAAGUCCGUUUCUGUCAUUAUUGACAGGAUUUAUGAAACCACCCGAUGAGGGCCGAUAGAAUAAACUACGGAGAGUUGUGACAUGGAAUGGCGCGGCCUCAUUCUCUUGUAAACAUUGGAUUCCCAAGCAGCACUUACAUGAAGAUGUUUUGCUCGGAUCAUGGUGCAUUUGGAAAAGUAGAGCUUUGUGAACAGACAGGACUAUCAAUUAUUCACGAUUGCUGCGGUUGUUACAUUC